GGCGUUGCCUGCGGCCCGGCCCUUACCUGCGGAUUUGGCCCCGCCUGCCUGCCGCAUCGCCAGGUACUUUCCUAGUGUGGAUACUCCUCCCCAGGUACUCCUCUGAUUCAGGUGCUCCACCUGCAAUAAUCUCCAGCCCUAGCUGGUCCUCUGACAGGACUCUGUGCUCCAGGGCUGCCUGGCAUCUGGGGGGUCUCCUUGGAGCUAAAGCUCUUCUGGAAGAAGCUGAGGCUCACGGUGUCUUCAGGCCCCUUCAUGAGUGAGGCAAACCAAACCACUGUGGGGCCCUCAGAGCUCCUCACAGCAUCAGCCAUCUCCCCUGGACCGGGCACUGGGGCCCGGGCAUGGCCUGUGCUGGUAGGCGUUGUGCUGGGGGCUGUGGUCCUCUCUCUCCUCAUUGCACUUGCUGCUAAGUGCCACCUCUGCCGCAAAUACCGUACCAGCUACCAGCACCGCCCGCUGCCCGGGACAGGGAAGGGUGUCUGCCCGGAGGUGGGUGAAGAAGAUGACGAUGGCUUCAUUGAGGACAAUUACAUUCAACCUGGGGCUGGCGGGCUGGGGACAGAGGGUAGCAGGGACCACUUUUCCUUCUGAGCCCCAAUCUUUGGAUACCCCCCACUCAUACCUGACAGCUUAAGGAUAGUUGAUACUACAAAGGGUCCAUGAGCCUCAGGGACAGAGGUAUCUAGGGCUUAAGGGCCAACCAGUGAUAGAGCAAUCUUCCCUUCCCUGAUAAACUUUCUCUGCUCAACAACCCUCAAUGACUCCCUGCUGUUCUCAGGACAACUACCAAGGGCCAGACUAGGGAAAUAAGGCCUCUGUCAGCCUCUUGGUUCCCUUUCUUGCCUUUCCCAACAUCACUCCCUACUAAAGUAAUUAUUUGUUUUUCCUUCUCUCCUACGUGGGGUUUCUCCAUGCACUUUUUGUUCACAUUCUCUCCCCAGCCUAUACUGCCCUUCUGUUCUUGCAAAUCCUCUAUGACUGUGAUGGAAAUCCCUGGUCCUUAGACUCCCUAUAGCCCUCCUACCUGCCAACAUUUCAUAUGAGCCCGAUGAUAAUAUUUUAGCAGGAGUGCCAACUUUCUUGUUGAAAAUUUUCCCUACCAAUAAAGUGAGUGACCUAAAUGUUUAUAGUAUGUUACAUUUUU